AUGGCUGCCAAUGCAUACGUUUCCGCGCCUCGUAAAGGUGACUGGAUCGACAUUGGCGACGGGUUCAACUACACGGAAGAUUUCGGUUGGGAGGAUGAUGGACUGCGCGGUCAUAUCUUUGUCGAUACUGAAAACAAGACUGUCGUUAUCGGUCUCAAGGGGACCUCUUUGUGGUUCUUUGAUGCCCCCGAGACUACCGACAACGACAGGCUGAACGAUAAUCUGUUCGGGAGUUGCUGUUGUGGGCAAGGCGGACAGUAUUCUUGGAAACGGGCGUAG